UUAGAUCUGAGAUAAGGAGGGUCUGUUGGCCCUGACAAAAAGUCCUCCUUAAUAAAAACCACAUCAGAGGAAAAUCUGCAGCUCAUAACAGAUAUCUAACACCCCCUCCUCCAUAAUACUCAGGGGUGCUGGAAUCUGGUUAGGAGAAUCAAACUAGGUACCAUAAAAGAUUCUCAUCCCAUUUAUUUUUUUUCGAUGAAUACUAAAAUGUAACUGAAUUAUUGGGUUUUCCUUAUUUUACUCAAAGAAUCAAAGUGCUCCCAAGGUUGUGGUCUAGUACUGCUGGAAAUAUGGAUGAUUUUCCCAAGGUUUUGUGUGGGUGGAGCUGGGAGGAGAACAAGUUGUUUGAGCUGGCUUUGGCAGUGGUUGAUGAACAGGACCGAAAUCGGUGGGAAGUGGUUGCAGCCAUGGUUGGGGGCAACAAAAGUGCAGAGGAUGUCCAGAAACAUUAUGUGACCCUUUUGGAGGAUUUGCAGAUUAUAGAAUCUGGAAAGCUGGACCAUAAACUGGGGGAAACUCAGCCCUGUGUGGAAGUUGAUUCUCAAUCCAUAUGCUGGAGUGAUGAUGAUAACACCCUGCUCGUUAGAUUAGACAUAAACUGAUGUUUGCAACCAACGGGGGGCUAUUUACCGAAGCAGAGCGGUUUCUCUACGAGUCUACAGAAACAUGUUCAGUGAGAACACAGAGCUUGCCUAAACACAGCUGCUGGUUAUGGUUAGUGCAUCAUUUGGAAGUUCCCCUUUUCUGUAACACUGAUGAAAGUCUCUGCAAUUGCUAGCAAGUAGGCCAUAAAAGACAGCUUCCAAACUGUAAAUUGCAGGAAAUGAAUUUAAAUCAUUGUUCAUCAA